CAGACCCGAGAAGAAUGACUGAUCGUUCGUCAGCGCUCGCGCAGUGCACACCUAUCGUUAUAGCUAUUACGUGUUUAGUUUUGUCGCGGCCGCGGUUGAAUGCAGACGCGCGAUGUUGUGACAGUGUGUGUGUACAGUGUGAAGGAUGCGCGGCGAGGCGGGCGCCACUCGCGGCAAGACCGCGGGAAGGUCCAGCUCCAACUAUCCGCCCAUCAGCGCCGCCUACUGGCUGCCCCCAUCGAACCCUACCCCCUACCAUGUGCCAGAGCGCAAGCUUUUUGUCGGCAUGCUGAAUAAGAAGUUGUCGGAGAACGACGUCCGCGCCCUGUUCUCGGGUCACGGAGCGAUAGAGGAGUGUACGGUGCUGCGAGACGCCCAGGGACAGAGCAAGGGCUGCGCGUUCGUGACAUUUGUGUCAAAACAGGCCGCCAUCGCUGCUAUCAAGGCGCUACACCAUAGUCAAACGAUGGAGGGAUGCUCUGCGCCGCUAGUGGUAAAAUUCGCAGAUACACAAAAAGAGAAGGAACAAAAGAAGUUACAAGCAAUGCAAGCCAGCUUAUGGGGAUUAACGACGCCAGUUGCGCCAACUGCGUACCUCGCGUCUGAAGCUGCGUUGUCGCCUGCAACACAAUUGCAACUGUUGCAACAACUUCAAGCAGUUGGUCUGCAACAACAACUAUUACAAGGGCAAGGGUCAACGUUAUUGCAAGGUGUUAACUAUCAGGAUAUCGGUUUCAAUGGCGCAGGACUAAGCGGCAGCGCCGUGAGUGGUGUCACCGGUGUCGGGGGGGUUGGUAGUAUAGGAAGUGGAGCGGCUGAACAGUUGGGGGGUCUUCUGGCUCCAGUUAGCGUUCAGAACUUAGCAGCACUUGCAGCAAUGACGCAGCCGGUAGUGACGCAGGCAGCGCCGAUGGCACCCGCCACCGCCCCACAGCCCACUGCGCCGCAAUUAUGGUCGACGGCGGAGCCGCUGGGCUCGGCGUACGCGGCUCAGUUCGGCGCGGCGUACGCGGCGGCGCCGCUCGGCUCCGUACUCGGCUCGGCGGCUGCCGCGGCCGCGGGCAAGCAGGUCGAGGGACCGGAGGGUGGCAACCUGUUCAUAUACCACCUGCCGCAGGAGUUCACGGACACUGACCUGGCGUCUACCUUCCUACCAUUCGGUCACGUGAUAUCGGCCAAAGUGUUCAUAGACAAACAGACGAACCUAUCAAAGUGCUUCGGUUUCGUCUCCUACGACAACGCGGCCUCGGCUCAGGCCGCCAUACAAGCGAUGAACGGCUUCCAAAUAGGUACAAAGAGACUCAAAGUUCAAUUGAAACGUUCGAAAGAACUAUCGAGACCGUACUAGAAUAUUCCAGAACUCGUUCCUAGUGAAUUUACAGAGAGUAAAUAAAAAAAUAACUAAAACUAUGCAGAGGUUGUACGUUUUUGAACGUUUGUUGUGAUGUAUCCGGUGCACUUGAACUGAUGAUAGUCGUUAGGUUCGUUCAGAAUCGCGAGUCCACGUGCACAGUUGUUAACUAAUAAGUAUAAGAUUAAGGUUUGUGUCAAAGGAUUUAUCGUUUCCAAAGUAUUCCCCAAAUUUGUUUAUUAAUAUUAAAUAAUAAUUAUUUUUUAAAUGAUAAGUUAUAGUCACUUUAAGCAUAAGUUGAAUGCGUUUAGGGACCGUUUGGGAUUUUAACGCGCCAAAGAGCUGUCAAUAGAUGUACGCUUUAUACCAACGUCUGUGUCAUAAUGUAAAAAAAAAACUAUAUUUGUCGUCCGAUGUUUACCAAUUUUUACCACAAUACAGUGUAAGUAUUGCCGAUGUGUAUUCGCUGUUGCGUUCUAUGUGGACCUUUUUUUUAGUUGUUUUAUUUAGUCUGUGUUGCCGCUAAGAAAUAUAGCGGUCAUGUUCGUUUCCUGUUUAUUCUUGUUUAAAAUUAUAAGGUGUUAGAUUAAAAUGAAGAUCUCAAAGUGAUCAAUGUAUUUAUUAAUUACAUGUUUUCAAUAGUGUACUUAAUUUUUACGAAGACCAAAUUCUUAACCCCUGAUUGUCGAAUCGAUCAAAUUAACAUUUCCUUUAAAGUUUUAAUUUAAAACAAAUUAAUCUAAUGUAAAAUUAUUGCAUUUGUGUGAUAACUUUGUAUCUAUUUUUUCGAUAUGACAAUACUUUUUAAAAAUAAAAAACCAAAUUCGAUUGUUAGAUAUAAAAGAUUACCAGAUAUUCUGUAGGUGUGUAUUUUGUCAUGAUAUCUUUAAUGAGUCGUGAAUUUGAAUUGAACGAAAGUAUUUUAAAUUGUAGUUUCGAAAUGUUAAUUUAACGAUUUUUCGCUUUUAUUUUUCACGUAUCUAACAUCGAACUUUGACCGUUUAGUCAGAAAUUUUUCGUUAGAUUAAGUAUUUAAACAUAGAAUAAGUUUUUGUGUAAGUUCGACAUUUAUAACAUUUAUAGUUCAUUUAAAUAGUAUUUGAACAAAAAUGAAUAAAUUUUAAUACACUUGUCGUAUAUUUACUAGCAUUUUCUAAAUGCGUUUAAAAAAAAAACUAUUUUGUUUAUGUUUUGACAGUUGUGUGUUGUUAUGACUUUUUUUUCACGCAAAUGCUAUGUAAAUGGACUAUACUUAUUGUUUUUUUUUUCUUACUAUUUAAGUAUGAUUAGCACUUAAAUAAUUUCAUAUAUUUCUUGGCUCACAGUCUAAUUUUUCAAAUUAAAUAUCGUUACUUAUUCUACGCUAUUUGAAUAUUUUUUUAAUCACCUAGAUGUCGACUGUUUGUCACUAUUCAACUUGUAGUGUAUUAUUAUAUUUUUUAUCAAUUAAGUAUUACUUAAUACAUUUAUUCCUUUUCACAUACACUAUAAAUAAUGUUAUGUGAUUAUAAAAAUCGCUCAAUGGGGAUAUAUUUAUGUAAUUUACUUAAUUUAAAAAUAUUUCUUAAAAUAUUAAGGUUACCCAAGUAUUUUGUUAUUGUGCCAAUGCAUUUGCGGAGGGAAAACGUUCGACCAAAAAUAAUUUUUAAUUUUUUUUUUUUCAUCGACGAAGAACUGGACCGAUGCAUCUUUGUCGUGUAAAUUGAAACUUAUUUGAAAGGUAUACAACGUUGGGCUUUAUAUCUUAUAGUUUAAAUUUAGUAAAGAUUUUUGAUGUCUGAUAAAAGACAAUAUUUAAACUGAAUAAGUUUCCUUAUAGCUAUAGAGCAACUGUCUCAGUUGAUUCAGUGUGAUUAUUGUCUUAUUGUGAGUUCUAUUUAAAAACAUUUAAGAUAAAUUUUCCUUUUUUUCGUUGUAAGUCAAUAAAUUAUUAGAAAUGGGGAUGUAUUGUUGAAAUUUCUAACGAUAAUCUAAAUAGGACAAUCAUGAGUGGAUUUGUUUUUGACAAGUGUGGGUAUAUUGUAAUAAAUUGUGUAAUAUGCUUCAUUUUAUAUGAUUGUUCUAUAUUAGAGUUGCCUACUAAUACACAAUCCUGGACACGACCACUCCGAAUAGUCUGUUUGUAGGUGUGAUCUAAAAAAAAUAUUUAAUGAGAAAUUUUUUACCUGUGUAGAAUUUCUAUGUCAUUAAACCUCAUUGUUGCAAACCGCGUGACAUAGGUACAAAUGGCUUUUCGUACGUAACUUGCAAGUUGCAACUUUGUAAAUAAAACUUUGAAUCUACACAAUUGACUGAAAUAGUUCUGUAUGAAUACGAUCAUUUGAAAUUAUUGUUCAUAAGUAUGUCCUCGCUGUAAAAUUUGUCAACCUGCAAAAGGAUGUUGAAUAUAUGUCUGUUUGAUAUACAAUGACUAUUUGCAGGAUUUGUAGCGAUACCUAACUACAAAAAAAAAUUAUGAUAAAGAGGUGGAUUUAUAAUAAAAAUGUUUUUCAGAUAUUUAAAAAAAACAGACUGGUAUUCAUAACCUUUGCAAAUUACAGUUAUAAUAUACGAAGGUUCGUUUUGCUAAAUUAAUAAUGAAUAGCUAUGAAUAGCUAAUUGCUUCUGGUUUAUCUUCAUCAUAUGAACUAAAAAUUUCAUGAAUAUGUUCAAAAAUGCUUUUUCAUCUUGUUUUUUAGGGCCGUUGUCGAUUUGUUACUUAGUCAAUUAAAGUUUUUAAUUCGUUAAACAUCGAAAUUGUUUAGUUUUUUUGUCAACUUAAUUUUUUUUAAAUAACAAAUACCUAUGUAUUUAAUAUAUUCAAAUGGCCGACCCGUUCUAAAAUUUCUCUUUAAUAAAUAUGAAAACUUUUUUACAAAAGAAACAAAGUCACGGUACCUAUCCUAAUACAGACGCAAAAUUUAUUUUUACACUGUUUAGAGGCACCGUAUUUAGUAGGUAAACAAUUGGUAAUUUAAUAAAAAGAACUGUUUUAUACAACACCCAUUUUGUUGAUAUAAAUGUAAAUAAAUGUCAAGUUAAAA